AAUGCAUUCAGUGCUAGUUCCGCACGUUGUUGCAUUUCUGCAACAUACAUCCGCGAGGCGAGCCGUCCAGUGCUGCCAUCUGUACUCAGGCGGCGAAACUGCUCUCUAAAAAGCGUGACAGCCACCACGUGGACGCUCAACAAGUGACACAGAGCAGACACAAUGGACCCCAAACGGUUUUACAGCCGUGGAAUUCCUUCCGACAGUGAGGACAGCGAGCUCUCCGGCAGUGACGAUGACUCUGAUUAUGUCCAACCCCCUGCAAAAUGUAGUGCCAGUUCAAGCGAGGCGAGUACAAGCUCUGACGAAGAGGAAGCUCCCGCAAGCCAACCAGCUGAUCAGUCAUCAACUCAAUCUAAGAGAAGAAUUAUCUGGAAGAAUGCAAGCCUGAUGCGGGAUCCUGAAACAGUGAAGUUCACUGGACAAAAUGAGCUUCCGCAGGAAGUUUCAGAGUUGGAAACACCUUUCCAAUACUUCAAGUUCAUCUUUCCAGGCGCUCUUAUUUCGCUUAUUGCAAAUGAGAGCAAUUUGUACUCAGUCCAGAAGGAUGCCAGUAAGCCCCUCUGCACCAGUGCCGAGGAGAUUGAAGUUUUUCUAGGCACCUGCAUGUGGAUGUCUAUAAUUCAGCUGAAGAACACUAGGUGGUACUGGAGUGAAGCUACCAGAGUAAGCCAAGUAGCUGACCACCUCACGGUGACACGCUUCGAACAGUUGAAGCACAACCUUCACUUUGUGGACAACAGCUCUCUCGGCCCAAGAGAUGAUCCUGAUAGAGACCGGCUUGCAAAGAUACGACCGCUCGUCGAUGCUGUAAAUGAACAGUUGUCGCUGAUACCGCUUGAAGAGCACUUGUCUGUGGAUGAACAGAUUAUACCUUUCAAAGGCGCAAGUGCACUGAAACAGUACUGUCCCCAGAAACCAAAAAAAUGGGGGUACAAAGUAUUUGUUCUCUCAGGAGUAAGUGGCUUCUCGUACAAGCUAGAACUGUACACGGGACAAGAAAACUCUGCCCCAAGACGUGCAGGAGAGCCUGACUGUGGAGCAAGCGGGAACAUUGUUGUUCGAUUGUGCAGGUUAAUCCCAAGAGGAGUCCACCACAAAGUGUAUUUCGAUAACUACUUCAACUGUCCAACCCUUCAGGUGUACCUGGAAAAAGAAACCGUGCACUGCAUUGGUACAGUCCGGAUCAACCGAGUAACGGGUAUCAGCAUGCCAUCUGACAAGGAAAUGAAACAGAAAGGAAGGGGAAGCUUUGAAGAGAAGGUAGCGACCCUGGAUGGCAUUCAGCUGUCGUGUACAAGGUGGCAAGACAACAGAGCCGUCACCUUGCUGUCCACCUUUGUUGGGGCAGAGCCUGUCCUAACUGCGCCAAGGUGGAGCCAAAAAGAAAAGGAGAGGCGCGACAUACCGUGUCCGUCGGUGAUAGGCGCUUAUAACAAGCACAUGGGAGGAGUGGAUCUCUUAGACUCUCUGAUCUCCCUCUACCGCGCCCAUCUCCGAUCGAAGAAAUGGUACUUUCGUAUUUUUCUUCAUAUUCUCGACUUGACGGCUGUAAAUGCCUGGCUGCUGUACAGGAGGAAUGCCGAGACUACUUCCGAUCAACCAACACGAAAGCUCAUGCCAUUAGCAGAGUUCAAGGUGGACCUCGCCACGUCACUCUGCAAAGCAGGAAAAAAUCAACUGAAGAAAAGGGGAAGGCCCAGCAAUGAGUCCGUGGAGCAAGGCAUCCAGCUGAAGAAGACAAGAGGCGGUACGACGUUGAUCCUCCAGCGUCGGUUGGUCUUGAAACGCGCCUGGAACCUGCAACUAGCAGUGUUUCCCGGCCCCAACCCCUUGAUGGCACUUUACGUGCCUCAAGACGUAAUGGCCAAAGGAUCAGUUGCCAGUCUGCUCAAUUCUAUAGGGCAUGUCUUCUACACCUGCGAUGGCUUUGAUAAUCUCGUUGCUAGCCCACUGAAGCCAGCACAACAGAUUCCAGACUACUGGAAACCCCAGCCCGACCUGUGGCUGUCUUACCACAUCCUUCAGGCCGCGGCCACACCACGGUACACUUCAGUCAGCAACCAGAAUGAGCUCAUAAAAAUCAGCGAAGAACUCCUGCGGACGGACAUCGUAGGAGCGUGUAACAACAGUUCAGGGCUGUACUCGGUACUGGCAGAUGAGCCGGCAGACAUUUCGGGAAUGGAGCAGCUCAAGCUGGGCCUUCGCUUUGUUGACAUGAAAAUCAAAACUGCACGAGGAGAGUUUGUAGGCAUGGUUUCCCUCGAAGAAAUGAAUGCAGAAGCCAUUUCCAACGCCAUCCUCCAAGUUCUCGAGGACUUAGGGCUGAAACUAAAAACCCUUGCGGGCCAGGGAUAUGACGGUUGCUCUUCAAUGUCAGGAUGCAUAUCCGGGGUACAGGCUAGGAUCAGGAAACAGCAGCUGCCAGCCUUGUACUUCCACUGGGCCUCACACCGCCUAGACUUGGUUGUGAACAAGGCCAACUUGGUGCCAAAGCCACAACAGGAGACGUCGGGGACUCAACAAGAACGGCGGAGUACGCCACCUCCUGCAAGCACAAGAAGUUUCAUUUGGACCUAUUCCCGAAAAGUUUCCCAACGCAAAGCUGUGUGCAGCCUUUGCAAAAGCCCACUGCGAACCCCAUCAGGCACUACCACAACCAUGAACCAUCUGAAAAGGCACGCCAAUCUGUAUGUGGAGUUUCAAGCGACUGUAGUUAAGCCCGCUAAUCAGCCAAGUGUUGCUGAUGUGCUGAAGAAAAAAACGGCGGUGCUGCAAGCGAAACAGAAGGCUUUGGAAGAUUCUUAAGAUUAUUGCACUCGACCUGCAACCGUCCACAAUUGUGCAAGACCGGGGAUUCCAGGAUCUUUUGAAGGAGGCAGCCCCAGGUUAUCUGCCAUUAUCAUGAACAAUGCUGUCGCAUGCAUUAGUGCUGAAGUUGUACGACGACACCAGAAAGAUGGCUUGACUUGA